CCGGAUUGAUCAGCAUCCCUCAAUCGACAAACAUCUGAUUCGAUGACAGGAGGCGGGUUGGCCGAGACACAUUCCCCAUAACCCUCGCCCGGCUCUUCUUGAAGUUCCCUCGAGAACAAUGGCCUCAGAAUGAUCGCCUUGCGUGUUGUCGCCUCCUCAUCACCGCCACCACCACCGCCUCUAUCAUCGCCAAAGUAUCGAUGUUUGGCGUUCAUGCGGUAUCUCGCGUAUCUGCAAGCGCCCCGAGAGAGACGUUUGCCUCCUUGGACAAAUCUCUCUGUCUCGUCUUACCGGUCGCUCCAGGUGGACUGGCGCUUCAUCCACCUGGCUGCCGUGGUGCCCUCACAGGGCAUGUAGCUGUGCCGCCUGUGGUGCGCCGUGCCGGGGAGGUUGAGAGGCGGAACGAUAGGUGGGGGAGGGUGGGGAGGGUGUUCAUGUCGAUGGGAGUCCUUCUCACUGCCGUGUGGCGAGUGGAAGUCUGCUGGGAAGCCUCCUUUGAGAGAUGCGAAGCUGCUCAUGUCCCUUGGCGGGUCGGGGGAUGUGUUUCUGGCUGAGGGGCCGACACAGCUGGCUUCGGUGCUGCGCUUGUCGCCCGCUCGUGCCAUCUGGAACAUCUUUUCGAGUCAGAUGCGCCGGAUCGCCCGGGCCCCACCUCCAAAAAGCGCGCACAAGAAAGUGGAAAUGACUGCUGUGGCUGGCGCAGGCACUGGAGGAGCACAGUCUGCUCGGAAGCUUUUGCAGACGUCGGUUGCCAAUGUCGAUGCCUCUGCCGCCGAGGACAAGAAGGCGAGCCAUUACGUCCGGGUGAGGUGGGGGUGGACAUACGCGGAGUGUUGAGUGCAGAAAGUGUGCGCUGUCCUUUGUCUUGUCGUGUCAGCGGCGGCAGUCCAUCGAGCGCCACAGCUUCCUGCCCUCUGCAAAGGCCCUCAGAGACACCAUCAGGUCACCCAAUCAUUGACUGCAUGCACCGCGCACUCUCUCUCUCUCUCUCUCCCACAACGCAGGUCGCUCCAAACUGAGCCCCUGCAGCCACAGCCUGGGCAGCCACAACCGGCACCAUCUCCUCCUCCCCCUCCUUCCAACAAACACGCGCAUCACCGCAGCAGAAGGAGGAAGAGCAGCGGAGACAUCACCUUCACCCACUCCGCCAGUGAUGACCUCUACUCCCUAUUCGAACACACGCCGCUUGGCGGACUGGGUGGAUUGAUGGGCUUAAGAGGACCUGCUGGUGAGGCUCACACGGUGGGCGAUAAAGGGCGGACAGAGGGAGACAGGGACAGGGAGAGAAGGCGGCCUGGGCUGCGGAAUGUGACCGGGCGAAUGCGGAAACGAGCUGUAAGCGAGACAAAGGGGAGAGUCCGGAGGAUAUUGACGGGCAUAUUUCGUCUUGUCCCACUGUUGCUUGCAGCUGAAGCGUGGCUAUGAACGCAAUCGGUAUCUGAGGCUGCCCUCUCCACUCAGCACCAGCCAUCGGUCAUCUUCAUGCACCUCCCCUGAGAGAGAGAGGUCGCCCCUCAAAGCCGACGCUUCACCCAAAUCCCCUCUCCCUCUCCCUUCCUCUCCCUUUCCCCCUCCCUCUCUACCGAAGCAGCCCAAACCAAGUGAGCCACGGGCACCAGCAACGGUGGAUGGUGCUGGCGCUCACCGUGCCGUCUUGCUGUCGGAGAGACACGAGCAAACUGUCGACGAGCAGAGGGAGCCAUCACCACUACCACGAGCACCAGCACCAGAAGACAAGCCAGAGACACUGGGUGGCAUUUCUUACAACGACCGGCAAGCGACGGAGGGAGAACAGCGGCAGCGUCUGGAUGUCCAUGUGGGUGGCAACACGGCGGAAAAAAGACAAGCCCCAAGCCCCCCUCCCGCCCCUCCGGCGUAUCAUCGGAGGAAGAAACCCUCUGUCUCCAUCAUUCCCAUUGAAGAGGCCCCACCCGAUGACAGCUCGGCGGAGGCAGCCGGGGGUGACGGCCAGACGACCCCCUUCUCGCUCAGAUACGACAGCUCUCUCUCGCGAUCGGGGUCACCCAAACAUGCACACAGAGACAGAGACAGAGACAGAGAGGCCGUCGGGAGAAGGUCAUUCUUCUCACCAAAACACAAGGGCGGAUGGCGUGUAGGUGCGGGUGAAGGUGUGUCUGUGGGCGUGCAAGCCGGGAGGGGUGAGAGGGAGACGCGGAAUGCUGCUACACAGACACGGACACGGACGAUGGGCCAUCGGCCACACACAACUGACGAGACCAGUAGCAGCGACAACACAGAGAGGGAGAGAGUGAUGUUCAGAACGGCGAGGGAGAGAGAGAGGGAGGGGGAAAGGGAGAGGGAGUCUCUCCCAUCCGACCACACCCACACCCAUCAUGACGUGUGUCGGCUGAGGCUGAGAGAGAAGGCCGAUGGGAAAAGGCCACACCGAAGCGAGAGAAGGCAGGUCCAACAAGGUCGGCCAGCACAACUGUGCACGUGCGACACCGUGUCUCAUAAUAUCCCUCUCCCUCUCUGUCUGUCUGUGAUGAUGGUUGCAGGCUCUCCCCGUGCCUCUCCUCCUCCCUCCCCCAGCCCACAUGCCCACGCCCACGCCCACGCACACUACAGACAUCGAGAAAGACCGAGACGCGACCCUUUCUUCUUCAUGAAAGGCGACGACGGCCGCCUACUGCUGCCUACAAAGCGCAUGAGCAGGGACAAGCGAAAGGUUGCUUACCUGCUGCUGGUGCCCGCUGAUGCUGCCGCGAGCAGCAGUGGGAGUGGCCAUGGCAGUCGACAUCUUGUCGGAUUGCGCGGGUGUGGGGGCUGAGGGGGAGAGGGCGAUGUGACGUUUGACUUGAUGUGUUGUAGUCUGUGUAUGGGUAGGCAUGACGAAUGGCGUGUGGGGGUGUGUGGAAAGGCGACAGACGGUCAAGAUGCUUGCUGUCGAUCGAGUGGAAAGCGGUUGUGUG